ACUGGUUUAAGCGGGAAGAGCGACGCUUCUACACAGAAAUUGUGAUUACACACCGGAUAAACCCAGCGUCAACAUGGUCGAGCGCAUCGAGGAUCUAAAUCUGCCAAAUACGGUGAUAGCACGGCUAAUCAAGGAGUCGCUGCCGGAAUCCGCCAACGUGAGCAAAGAGGCGCGAGCGGCAAUCGCCCGGGCUGCUUCAGUAUUCGCUAUUUUCGUGACAUCCUCCUCCACGGCGCUUGCACACAAGCAGAACCACAAAACCAUCACCGCCAAGGACAUCCUGCAGACGCUCACGGAGCUGGACUUUGAGAGUUUUGUGCCGUCGCUCACCCAGGACCUCGAGGCGUAUCGCAAAAUGGUCAAGGAAAAGAAGGAGAGCAAGGCGAACAAAAAAGAAGCGAGCACCAACGAUAAUGCCAGUGCCACUGAAGCCGUCUUGGAGGAGGCCACCGAGUGAUGCUUAUCAAUUAUAUCACUCUUUCGCUUUGAAACCAUUUAUUUUUAAGCGAAACAAAAUAUUAAUAGGAUUGUAUAUGCAUAAAACAUGUCCCCAAUAUCUUCAUCAUUUAUUUUGGAUUCAUAUAAAAUGUUUAUACAUAUAUUUAUCAAUUUGCAAUUAUGUUAAAAAGCUACGUUUUGAAAAGAUAUAUGUAAUUAUUGUUAAGCUAGACAUUAUUAAGAAAUCUGUAA